GCCAUCAUCCUACAGGUACGGUACUCGUAUCUAUCUGGUCUGUUCUGUUCUGCUCUGAUCACGUCUCAUUUUCUCUACAUCCAAACCCCCACGACCACUUCAUCACGCUUGUGCGCAUCUAUACACUCACACAUACUCCGUGCUUGCAGACAAAUACUUCAACUGUCUGGAAGGUGAAAAGAUAUGGACCAUCGAUAGACCCGGGAUCUCGCCCUUCCGAUUCCGAACUUGAAGCUUUCCGUGACGUUCCACCAUCCCCCGGCCGCUGUCCGUCACCUGUCGUCUGUCUCGACAGGCCGCGACGACUUAUUAGGCAUCACUCGAUAGAAGAUCCGUCGUCGCCUCAGCUACCUUUUACAGUAGAGUCGCACUGCAGUCUGCGUCUCGUUGAUCUUCGCCAUCGCAAUGGCAUCCACUACCGCGGGUUCAACCGCAUUCUUCGUCCUAUCUCUCCUCACCGUCUGCACACUCGUCCUGUUGCUUCUCCGAUACUACCUCCCGCUUCGCUCGACACCCGCAUACGUAACCGUACCCGUCUUCCUAGCGAUCGCGCUGCCUGCCAGCAUCGUCCUGCUCGUCCCAAUCGACCUCGCAAGUAGCGCCGGAACCGACACAGACGGAACCAGAGGCGUGACUCUCUCAGAUAAGGUCGUCUUUAAAUCAUGGAGGGUAACGUACUGGCUCACGUUUUCUCUGACGUGGAUCAUACUGCCCUACCUGGGAGAAUACUGCGACUCAGGAUAUAGGGAGCCGAAGGCCCGCUUGCUGUAUGCAGUCCGGAGUAAUGGACGAUUCCAGCUCAUGCAGCUCGGCUUGGGGAUCGUCGGAGCGGUAUAUUUCUUCUGGGAGAAUGGAUUCCACUUCGAAACACUCAAGGGCCUGGUCAUGGCAUUGGCCUAUUUGUGGGGUUUGGUGCUGGCCAUUUACCUCAUGGGACACGGACUGGUCGCAUUCCCAAGGACGCUAUAUCGACAUGCGAGCAUCAGCGAAAGAUUGAAGAGGCUACAAAGCCAUGCGCCAAAACUACACGAUAAGUUGACCGAGUCGCUGGACAGGCUCGAUGAAUACGAGGCGCAAGUGGUGCAGUUAAAACAAAGGAAGAACGGAAUCACACGAGAGUUCAAAGAGUGGAUAGACGAGCUGGGAGAGGGAGGAAACGUGCAGGAGAGCAGGGCGGGUAGGAGCAGUGCCGCCGUCGUACCACCCGUCGUCACGGAGAGAUAUCUUGCCGAGUUGACGAGGAAAUUGAAGAGAGCAAGACACGCAAAGGUCAGAUUUCUGAACGAAUGGGACGAAUUGGUUGGGAAAGCCAUCAAGACGCAGGCCAUCCUCGACUCGAAAGCAUCCAAACGACUCGAGUUCAAGAACACGGUAUACGACGCUCCGCGAUCCGGACUCCUGUCUCGAUAUACCAUCUUAACACCAUACACGCGAUAUCACUACCAUGUACAUGUUCUCCCCGCCCUUUACUAUCUCGCCUCCUUCAUCACAUCACUGGCUUCAAUCUGCAUAGUGUGGUCCGAGUGUGUGAAGUUCUUCGAGCAGCCCAAGCUCUGCCUUGUGGGCUUGACCGUCAUCCAUCACCCGUCGUCGUCUCGAGGCCAGAUCGGCUUCGCCGGUCAACUGAUUGCCGCAGCAUGGAUCUGUUACAUGUGCAUCUGUGCCUUCUUCUCCCUCACUGAGGUCAAGAUCUGGGGUAAUCGCGCCCUAGUCAAACGCCAUACCUACCAGGAGUCCGCAACAUGGUACGGCCUACAAGUCGCCAAACUCACCGUGCCUCUUGCCUACAACUUCGUCACCUUCACGCCGCCCACGAUCUACAAAGACACCAGUUUUCACAAGUUCUUGGGCAAGUACAUUGUCCUCACGCCACUGGGCGAGGGCUUCUCAAGCUAUUUCCCCGUGUUCAUCCUGAUCCCAGUCUUCGCGAGCGGGUUCGGUCUCUAUGGCCGCAUCAAGAAUGUCUGCGGCUUCGGCGACCUCCUAGAGGACGAAGACGAUAGCGAAGGUGCCGUCUUCGGCACGGGAAGCUGGCGUGAGGGUAGGGCGCUCAUCGAGCGGGAGAUCCAAGGCGCGAGCGGCAACGCUCUAGGCCUGUUCUCACGUUCUGCCGCCACCGCAGGCGCAACGGGCACCACGACAUCCCCGCCGAAUGAACGCUACACCGACGACCCCUCCACAUCCUCAUCAGCAUCCAACGCACCAACCUCCACCACAACAAAUACCAGGUCCUCAGCACCCUCGCGAACCCUUCUCGCAGACCGAGAACGCCGCCGUCCACGCGCCAUUCCCGACGAUGACGACUCCGGGAACUUCUUCACCGACUUCGCAGAUCGCGUGAAGAACACGUUUGACUCCACAGACUUCACCUUUACGCGUCCAAAAUGGAUGGGCGGAGAUGACGACGACGAAGCCGGUCAAAGCAGCAGCACUGGCGGAAGAGAUAGGACGGAGGGGUGGAUGAAUCUUUUUGGUGGCAGAGCCGAGGAGGGAAGAGUCAGGCUGUAGUGACUUGAUUGAUUCCCAUUGUCUGUUUAAUCUGCCUCGGGCCGUAUGGCUCAAUCCGCGGUGAGAGAAAGAAAGUAACAGUAACAGUACUUCGAGUGUUUGUCCUGCAUGGCGUGGGCGUUCUUCCCCCUUUCUUUUCCUUCCUUUACUACCACUUUCGACAUGCAUAGAAUCGGAAAUUCAUGUUGGAAUCAGACAACCCAACUCACAACUAAUAUCACUCUUCUUUCUAUGUCACAACAGGGCUCGGGCAUCCCUUUCUUUCAUGACUGACUGCCCGAUUCUCUAUCUCUUUUUUGGUUCCUUUUUCCACGUUCGCUAUCAGGCGUAUGGGUGGAUUAUGGAUAGAUGGGGUUGAUAGAUAAGAUAUAAUGUACGUAUAGGUUUAAUUGUAAUAGUAAUAAAUCAUCUAAGAUGAAUCAAAACAUGUAUAGCG